UCUCAGCCUGCAUGAUUACAAAAUGACAAAUCGAUCAAUUCAAACUCAAACACCUCACUCAAAUGGAGUCAACCCCUCUCAAACCCCUCAUCUUCCUCCUCCUCACCCUCCUCUUCCACCACCUCCCACCGUCAUCCGCCACCACCCUUCCCACCGAAGCCCUCCCCACCAAAUCCGGCUACCUCACCGUCAACUCCACCACCAAAUCCGCCAUCUUUUAUACCUUCUAUGAAGCCCAAAACCCCACCAAUACCUCCUUAUCCGAAACCCCACUUGUCAUCUGGCUUCAAGGAGGCCCCGGGUGCUCCUCCAUGACCGGAAAUUUCUACGAACUUGGCCCAUUUCGAGUUACACCUUCACUGACGCAUAACGUCGAACAACUUGUGCUUGAACCCAAUCCCGGUUCAUGGAACCGGAUUUUCGGUCUUUUGUUUCUUGAUAACCCAAUUGGAACCGGUUUUAGCAUCGCCUCCACACCUGAAGAGAUCCCAACUGACCAACAAACUGUAGCGAAGCAUCUGUUCAUUGCAAUCCGAAAGUUUAUUGCUUUAGACCCGGUUUUUAAAACCCGACCCGUUUAUAUUACCGGUGAGAGUUAUGCUGGGAAAUAUGUGCCUGCAAUUGGGUACUAUAUUUUGAAAAGAAACCCGGGUUUACCCGUUUCGGAACGGGUCAAUUUGUUCGGGUUGGGUAUUGGAAACGGGUUGACCGACCCGGCUGUUCAAGUAUCCACUCAUGCUUUGCAUAAUUAUAAUCUUGGAUUAAUUAAUGAGAAACAGAAAAUAUAUAUGGAGAAGCUUCAAAUUGAGGCUGUAGAGUUGGUAAAAAGUGGUAAUUGGAGUGAAGCUACUGAUGCAAGAAAUAAAGUUUUAAGAUUUCUUCAAAAUGUGACGGGUCUAGCGACAUUGUACGAUUUUCGGAGGCAGGGUCCGUACGGUUCGGAUUGGGUGGAGGAGUUUUUAAAAGACGUGGAGGUUAAAAGGGCGUUGGGAGUGAACGAAUCGAUGGUUUUUGAGGGGUGUAGUGAUGUGGUAGGGGCGGCAUUGCACGCGGAUGUGAUGAAGAGUGUUAGGUAUAUGGUGGAGUAUGUUGUUAAGAAUACUAAGGUGGUGUUGUAUCAAGGGCAGUGUGAUUUGAGAGAUGGUGUUGUGUCGGUUGAGUCGUGGGUGAGGAAGAUGAAGUGGGAGGGGUUACAGAGGUUUUUGGAGGCCGAACGGAAUGUUUGGAAGGUGAAUGAUGUGCUUGCGGGUUAUGUGCAGAAGUCGGAGAAUUUAACUCAUGUGGUGGUGUUGGGGGCUGGUCAUUUUGUGCCAACUGAUCAGGCGGUUAAUUCUCAAGCAAUGAUUGAGGAUUGGGUUCUUGAUAGAGGUUUGUUCGCUAAUAAGCGUGUUAAAAGUUUAUCUCCUGAUCAUUAAACUGUUGUAGUAGUAGAGUUGAAAGCUUUGGAAUAACACUUAUGGCUCCAAUGUAUGGUCUUGAGUCUUGCAUACACACUAGAAUACGCGUUGAUCUUUGUAAUCAUUGUUGUUGUAUUAGGAAUGAUUUGUGAACUUUCUUAUGUGUUGGGUUUAAUCCCAAAGUUUAAUAAGGAAUUCAGCUAUGCAAAUGUUGAUGUUGUAUAUUAUGAAAGCCUACCGAUUAAUCUGUUACCAGUAAGUCGUUAUGAUAGGUUUGCACCCUGCUGUAUUUGUU